AUGUCAGCAUUAGAAGUGGGCAAGUUUGAUGGUAGUGGUGACUUUUGGUUAUGGCAAGUGAAAAUACAAUAUGUCCUAGUUGAUAAAAAUCUAGAUACAGCUAUAGAGGAGAUUGAUCCAGAUUUGUCUAGAACAACAAAAGAUGAGAUGAAGAAUAUUGAUAAGAGAGGAUUGGUAGUGCUUCGUUUGGCUCUUGCUGAUAAUGUGUUGAGGCAAAUUUGUGAGGAGAAGACUGCUAUAGGUCUCUAUUUGGACAAAUCACUCUUAAGUCAUUUCUACCUCAUGAUGCUCUUGUUUAGGAUGCGUAUGCAAGAAGGCACUCCUAUAAAGCAAUAUAUUGAAGAGUUCAAUAAGGCGGUGCUUGACUAUCAAAAUGUUGCCAAGUCUAUGGAUACAGACCAUAUUGUAAUAUUGUUCUUGUGUUCACUCCUAGAUUCUUAUGACUGCAUGAGAUAUCAGAUCCUUUAUGGUACUAAUUCUAUCUCUAUGGAUGAUAUCACUUCUAUCCUUCUGUCUAAGGAUUUGCUCAGGAAGUCUAACAUGGAGAGUGGUCAGAGCAAGGGUCUUGUUGUCAGCCGUGGGAGGUCCACAAAGUGUGGUCAUAGUGGUGAUGGUGCUUCUGGCAGUGGUAGGGGAAAAUCUAAGGGUUGUUCAAAGUCCCGUUCUGGCAACAAAAUUAAGUGCAGAUAUUGUAAGGAUUAUGGCCAUAUGAAGUGGGAUUGUCCCAAGUUGAAGAAAAAGAGGGACAAGCAAGAUGAUGGCAGUUGUAGUUGCAGAUGGUGA